AUGAAGGCUUCACAAGACGCUCUCCCAUCACCGCCCCUGUCCGACACCGAUGAAACGGCCCCCAAAACGCCAGUUGAAUGUCUCGCAGCCUUGAUAAAAACAACCUACAGAACCUCCGACAUAAGAUUCUACAUCAAUGGCCGGCCAGUGACCGUCAAGAACCCCAAUCCGGAUUGGGUUCUCCUCGAUUGGAUCCGAGCUCAAGAUUCCUUAAAAGGAACGAAAUUAGGAUGCGGAGAAGGAGGCUGUGGAGCGUGCACUGUUGUUCUCCAGACACUUGAAAAUGGCCGUGUUAGGCAUCUUGCUGUGAAUGCUUGUUUGUACCCGCUUGUUGGCGUUGAUGGCAAGAGUCUCAUCACUGUUGAGGGGUUGGGCACGGUGAAGAGGCCGCAUCCGCUGCAGGAGAGGAUUGCCAAGAUGCAAAACUCAUACCGAGAUGGCAAAUUUCACUUGACCAACUCUGAAGUCGAGCUACAGGGCCAUCUCGACGGAAAUCUCUGUCGCUGUACUGGCUACAAACCCAUCUUCGAAGCAGCACGAACCUUUAUCACAGAAGACCUCAACGGAACGAUAGCCGAGAUCAACGGCAAGGAGAUAACGCCCGAAAAACCCACAGAAGACGACUAUGCAACUGUUGCGCGCGAAGCCAACAAGACUGGCUCAUGCGGGCGUCCUGGGGGCUGCUGUCGUGAUAAUCCCGAUUCAAAAGGAUGUGACUCAACUGGUGUUGAUGAAUCGAACCCGAAGGAGAUGGAGACACCAAUCACAGCCCCCAGACCUCAAGAAACACCCAGUACACCACCAGAAUCACCCGACAAACCAGCGUUUGGAGAGACCUUCUUACCAUACGACCCCUCAACAGAGCCCAUCUUCCCUCCAGCGCUACGAAAGUACGAACCUCAACCAAUCUGCUAUGGCGACGACAGAAGACUCUGGUUCCGACCAACAAACCUCCAACAGCUGAUCGAUUUGAAGGGCGUAUAUCCAGAAGCCAAGAUCGUUGGUGGUGCAAGUGAAACUCAGAUCGAGGUUCGCUUCAAGAAGAGAGCUUAUCGUGUUUCCGUAUUUGCUGCAGACAUCUCUGAGCUGAACAGUUUCACCAUCGAUCCUCUGCAGAUGAAACAGGCUGAGCUUGAAUCCCUGAAGACUAUCAGUAUACCCGGAAACCUUUCCUUGACCAAAGUUGAGGAGAUGUGCACUAUCUUGUACGCCAAGCUAGGUCGAAGAGCUUCAGCACUAGAAGCCCUCCGAAAGCAACUUCGAUACUUUGCAGGUCGACAGAUCCGCAAUGUAGCCAGUCUAGCAGGGAGUCUCGCCACAGCAAGUCCCAUCUCUGACUCCGCACCCGUCCUGUUAGCAGCGGGCGCCAAAGUGAAGAUUCAUUCUCAAACCGGCGGGAUAACUGAGAUUCCGCUGUCCUCAUGGUUUCUGUCCUACAGAACUACUGCACUACCUGAAGACGGAGUCAUAACAGAGAUUGUGAUUCCGCUUCCAAGUGAAGAGAUCGAGAUUACCAAGGCGUAUAAGCAGGCGAAGAGGAAGGAUGAUGAUAUCGCUAUCGUCACUUCUGGGUUUAGGGUUAGAUUGGAUGGGAAUGGGGUUGUAGAGGAUGCUGCUUUUGCUAUCGGUGGUAUGGCGCCUACGACUGUAAUGGCUGAGAAAGCGCAGAAGGCUGUCGUAGGGAGGAAAUGGUCUGAUAUGAAGACCUUGGAUACGGGAAUUGAUGCUCUGUUAGAGCAGUUUCAGCUUCCAUUUGGUGUCCCUGGCGGCAUGGCGCACUACCGAAAAGUUCUUACUGUCUCCAUGUUCUUCCGCUUCUGGCACGAAGUCGUUCACGAUCUCGGUCUCGGUGAAGUCGACGCCGAUCUCAUUGAGGAGAUUCACCGCGGUAUCUCAUCCGGAAAUCGUGACAACUUCACUUCUUCGAUGUUGAACAGAGGUACCAAGGAAGUCGGCCGUCCCAUUCCUCACCUCUCUGCCGUCAAGCACUGUACCGGCGAGGCAGAAUACGUGGACGAUAUGCCACGCCAGCACAACGAACUCUUCGGAGCCCUGGUCAUGUCUAAAGCAGCUCACGCUGAGAUUCUCGGGGUCGAUUACUCAGCCGCCCUGGAGAUGCCAGGUGUAGUCGGAUACAUCGACAAGGACAGCAUCACCAAAGAGCAGAAUACAUGGGGCCCCGUCGUCCUUGAUGAACUCAUCUUUGCAGAUGGAAAGUCCAACUACUACGGCCAAGUCAUCGGUAUGAUUUACGCCGAGACAGCGCUUCAAGCUCGUGCUGCUGCCGAUGCCGUCACAGUAACAUACAAACGCCUCCCUCCUAUCUUCACAAUCGAUGAAGCCAUCAAAGCAAAGAGUUUCUUCAAACACGGCAAAGAACUUCGAAAGGGCGAUGCUCUUAGUGGUUCCCUUGACGGAGCGUUUAGUAAAUGCGCUCACGUCCUCGAGGGCACCACCCGCAUGGGCGGCCAAGAGCACUUCUACCUCGAAACCAACGCAGCCCUUGCAAUUCCUCACAUGGAAGACGGAUCAAUGGAAGUCUACAUCUCGACGCAGAAUCUCAUGGAGAACCAAGUCUUCACCGCUCAAGUCCUCGGCGUGCCUAUGAACAGAGUCAACAUGCGCGUGAGGAGAAUGGGUGGUGCUUAUGGAGGUAAAGAGUCGCGAACUACGGCCCUUUCAAUGUAUCUUGCUCUCGCGGCGCAGAAGACGGCAAGGCCUGUGAGGAUGAUGCUGAAUCGCGAUGAGGAUAUUGCUUUUAGUGGACAGCGACACCCGUUCCAGUCAAAGUGGAAGGUUGGUGUUGAUGAGAAGGGUAAGAUACAGGUCUUGGAUAUUGAUAUCUAUAAUAAUGCCGGUGCAUCGUUGGACAUGAGCGGCGCAGUCAUGUAA